GCUGCGCUUCGACGUUCCUUGACUCUUGAUCUAUCUUUCUCUUCCAACCUUUCGUUACCGUCAGACUCUUCUCUUACCCGAGCCCAGCAUGCCUUACACUCCUAGGAAAGCCUAUGUUGUCGGCGUUGGCAUGACCAAGUUUGACAAGCCUCGUGGCGAGCGCGACUACCCUGAGCUAGGCCUCGAGGCGUCAGUCAAGGCCCUCAUUGACGCUGGUCUCACCUACGACCAGGUCGAGACCGCAGCUGUCGGCUACUGCUACGGUGACUCAACGUGCGGGCAGCGAGCUCUCUACCAGCUCGGGAUGACCGGUAUUCCCAUUGUUAACGUCAACAACAACUGCUCGACCGGAUCCUCCGCUUUCGCCUUUGCUGCCAACGCCAUUCAGUCUGGACAGGCCGAAUGCGCCCUUGCCCUCGGCUUCGAGAAGAUGGCUGCCGGCUCCCUCGGCUCUGCCUGGGAUGACCGUGCGCAACCCAUGGAGGGCACCAUGACGCAGCUCUUUGAGAUCGAGGGCGACAAGGAGUACGAGGUGGACGACUUCGGUCCCUUUGCUGCCCGCAUCUUCGGCGCCGCAGGCCAAGAGUACUGCGAAAAGUACGGCGCCACCUGGGACCACAUUGCCGCAAUCUCGGCGAAGAACCACAAGCACUCAGUCAAGAACCCUUAUGCCCAGUUCCGCAUCUCCCCCAGCUCAGCCGACGUAGCAAAGGCUCGCAAGAUCACGCGUGAGGUUACGCUGCCCAUGUGCUCGCCCACCUCUGACGGUGGUGCGGCUGCCAUUGUGUGCAGCGAGGAGUUCGUCAAGGCGCACAAGCUUGAGGACAGGGCUAUUGAGCUCGCCGGGCUGGGCAUUGCAACGGACUCUGUCAAGCUGUAUGAGGACAAGUCGCGCAUCGAACUCGCGGGCGCCGACAUGAGCCGUCGUGCUGCGCAGAAGGCAUACCAGCAGGCCGGUAUCACGGCAAAGGACGUCCAGGUCAUCGAGCUGCACGACUGCUUUGCGCCUAAUGAGCUUGUCACCUACCCUGCGCUUGGUCUCUGCGCCGAGGGUGAGGCGCACAAGAUUGUCGAGAACGGCGACAACACCUACGGCGGCAAGUGGGUGGUCAACCCUUCUGGUGGACUUGAGUCUAAGGGCCACCCGCUCGGAGCGACUGGAAUCGGCAUGAUCGCUUACAUGGCUCUUCAGCUGCGUAACGAGGCUGGUGACCUGCAGGUCAAGGACGUCAAGCACGCCCUCACUCACAACAUUGGUCUGGGUGGGUCGUGCGUCGUCACUGUGCUCAAGAAGGCACCCUUCUACAAGGAGGGGUCGCACUGCAAAGAUCGCUUCGGGUACGACUUUGCAAGGGAGGAGAGGAGGAUGACGCAGGAGGAGCUUGACAAAGUGCGCUCCAAGCACUUCUCCGACUACUUGCCGCCUUCGGUGCCCGAGUCCAAGCUCUAAGUGUGUGCGGUCUCCUGUUAGUUGCUCAGCCUCCUCCAUAUCUCGGGUGCUAUUCGGAAUUUCGAUUAAUGUAAUGAUGUCCCCCGCUGU